GCGGUGCAGCAGGCCAGGCAGGGCUCCAGUCGGUCGGUAUGUAGCAGCAGAGGAGCGUCUGCCCGGGAUUACAAAGAGGGAAAAACGCGCCUUGGAGAGCAAAUAUUGCAGCGGGAUUAAAAAUAAAACCCACCGAGGAUGAGACACACUCCGUCCGCCUGAAGGAGACUAAAAACAAGCAGUUUUUAUGCUCAAUUAUCACCGUUUUUAAGCGAAAAUGGCGAACGAGUCCCCGGCCAAAAGUCUGGUGGAGAUAGACCUCGCAUCCCUGAGGGACCCUGCUGGGAUUUUCGAGUUGGUGGAAGUGGUCGGCAAUGGCACCUAUGGACAAGUCUACAAGGGUCGACAUGUCAAGACGGGACAGCUGGCGGCCAUCAAGGUCAUGGACGUCACCGAGGAUGAAGAGGAGGAAAUUAAGCUGGAGAUCAACAUGCUGAAGAAGUACUCCCACCACAGAAACAUAGCCACGUACUACGGAGCGUUCAUCAAGAAGAGUCCGCCGGGACACGACGACCAGCUAUGGCUGGUGAUGGAGUUCUGUGGCGCCGGCUCCAUCACAGAUCUGGUGAAAAACACUAAAGGAAACACGCUGAAGGAGGACUGGAUCGCAUACAUCUCCAGAGAGAUCCUCAGGGGAUUGGCUCACUUGCACGCUCACCACGUCAUCCACCGUGACAUCAAGGGACAAAACGUGCUCCUGACUGAAAACGCUGAAGUCAAACUGGUGGACUUCGGUGUGAGCGCUCAGCUGGACCGCACGGUGGGGCGGAGGAACACCUUCAUCGGGACGCCCUACUGGAUGGCCCCGGAGGUCAUCGCCUGCGACGAAAACCCAGACGCUACCUACGACUACAGGAGUGACCUGUGGUCCGUUGGAAUCACCGCCAUAGAGAUGGCUGAAGGAGCUCCACCUCUUUGUGACAUGCAUCCAAUGAGAGCUCUCUUCCUCAUUCCUAGAAAUCCUCCUCCUCGGCUCAAGUCUAAAAAAUGGUCGAAGAAGUUCUUCAGCUUCAUCGAGGGCUGCCUGGUGAAGAACUACACCCAGCGCCCCCCCACCGACCAGCUGCUCAAACACCCGUACAUCCGGGACCAGCCCAACGAGAGGCAGGUGCGCAUCCAGCUGAAGGACCACAUCGAUCGCACCAAGAAGAAGAGGGGCGAGAAGGAUGAGACGGAGUAUGAAUACAGUGGCAGUGAAGAAGAGGAGGAAGAGGCAAACGAGCAAGAAGGAGAGCCGAGCUCCAUAGUGAACGUUCCCGGGGAGUCGACCCUCCGCAGGGACUUCAUCCGGCUGCAGCAGGAGAACAAGGAGCGGUCGGAGGCGCUGCGCCGCCAGCAGCACCUGCAGGAGCAGCAGCUCCGAGAGCAGGAGGAGUACAAGCGCCAACUACUGGCCGAGAGGCAGAAACGCAUCGAGCAGCAGAAGGAGCAGAGGAAGCGGCUGGAGGAGCAACAACGUCGUGAGCGUGAGAUGAGGCGGCAGCAGGAGCGCGAGCAGCGCCGCCGCGAGCAGGACGAGAAGAGACGGGUGGAGGACAUGGAGCGGCGCCGCAAGGAGGAGGAGGAGCGCAGGAGGGUGGAGGAGGAGAAGAGGAGGGCCGACAGAGAGCAGGAGUAUAUCCGUCGUCAGCUGGAGGAGGAGCAGAGGCACCUUGAGACCCUGCAGCAGCAGCUGCUGCACGAACAGGCCAUGCUGCUGGAGAAUAAAUGGCGGGAGCUGGAGGAGCAGCGCCAGGCCCAGCAGCUCCAGAGGCAGCUGCAGCAGGAGCAGGCCUUCCUGCUGUCCCUCCAGCAAAACCCCGGCCUGGAUAGUAACAAAUCCUCCCAGCAGCAGAGCUCCAAACCCCCCCAGAGCGGGGAGCACGAGGGGGUGAAGCCCCCGCAGAGCUCUGAGCCGGAGACAACUCAACAACCACAGAGCGCUGAAUCUGAAAAGACGGUUCAAAAUCCCAGUCUGGAGAGAACUGCACAACCCAAGCUUCCUGUCGCUGACCCCGCCCCCGACUCUGAGCCAAUCAGAGAGUCUGAUGAUCGGUACAGGAAGAACAUCCAGGGCUCUCCCCAGGCGGCUCAGAUCAAACCCCCGCUGAUCAAACCCCCGCAGCCUCCGGUGCCCCCCCGCUCCGAUUCCUCCCACCCCAACGGGAGCUCGGCCUCCGAGGCGCCCGCCAUGCACCGGCCCGUCGAACCACAGGUCCGUUCCCAUCUGGCUGCUUUAAAGAGCAGCGGCAGCGUGAACUCGUCAAACUCCAUCGCGUCCGCCCCGCCUCUCGUGUCGCGGCCGCACUCCUUCAGCGAGCCGCUCCCCUCUAGCUUUGAAAACCUUCACCUACGCAACAACAACAACAAGCAGGAACCCCACCAUCACCCUCCAUCUUCAUCACCAUCAUCAUCUUCAACGCCUGCACGCACUGACCCACAACCCCAACCCCAACCCCAGCAUAGGCCCAAUGAAACGGCCCCUUCAGAGGAGGUGCCGCCCCGGGUUCCUGUAAGGACUACUUCAAGGUCCCCGGUGUUGUCAAGGCGAGACUCGCCUCAUCACGGCAGCCAUGCUGUGCCCCGUCCCGCUGCAAGUGCGCCGGAGCCUCGGCUGCUGUGGGAGCGCGUGGAGAAACUGGUUCCCAGAACGGCCGGUAAUAACAGCGGAGGCUCCAGCUCCUCCAGCAGCUCCAGUAACUCCAGCUCUAAGCCCGGGUCUCACUGCGGCUCUGGAGAAAGGUUCAGGGCCCGCUCCUCCUCCAAAUCAGAGGGUUCUCCCCUCCUGCGGCCAGAGAAUGCUGGGAAAAAACCAGAGGAGAAGAAGAACAGACCGGCGGACCUGACGGCUCUGGCCAAAGAGCUUCGUGCAGUGGAUGACGUUCGCCCCCCCAAUAAAGUGACAGAUUAUUCAUCCUCCAGCGAUGAUUCAGACACCACUGAUGAAGAUGAUGAUGAAGAGGUGGACCAGGAGGGCGGCGAAGAGUCGACCUCUGGCCCGGAGGACUCCAAAGCUGUUUCUUCCAGGCUGAGCAAUGGAGAGACAGAGUCGGUGAAAACCAUGAUCGUUCACGACGAGGACGCCGGCUCGACGCCCUGCAAAGACAGCACUCUGAUCGUCAGACAGAGUGCAGGUGACCACAGAAAGCGUCAGACAGGGGCUCAGACCCCCGGCCCGCUCCCAGGCUUUGCCCCUCACCCUGGCAUCGUGUCCAGCCCGGGCCUCGGCCAGCACACCCCCAGCCCCCCCCAUCAUCACCACCAUCACCACCACCACCAUCACCCCAAUCUACCCACCACUCAGCACCCGGACAGGAACGGGUUCUCUGGGCACAUUCACCACCUCCCAGACCUGAUCCAGCAGAGCCACCAUUCCUCCCCCUCCUCCUCUGCAUCCAACUCCCCCUCCUCCUCCUCCAGCCUCUCCAGCCCCGCCAUGUCCCCUCAGAGUCCGCUGGAUAAACUCACCCUCCUCAUCGAGAGCCAGUCCAGUAACAACAUGCAGAAACACAAGUCUUCUUCCUCCUUCACUCCGUUCAUCGACCCCCGCCUCCUGCAGGUCUCCACCUCUACCGGCAGCGCCCUCAACAACAUCGGGUACGCUAACGACGCCCGGCUGGCGGAGGCUCUGCGGGCCGACCCCUCCCGAAAAGGAUCCGUCGUCAACGUGAACCCCGUCAACACCCGCCCGCAGAGCGACACGCCCGAGAUCCGCAAAUACAAGAAGAGGUUCAACUCCGAGAUCCUGUGUGCCGCACUGUGGGGAGUGAACCUGCUGGUGGGCACAGAGAGCGGUCUGAUGCUGUUGGAUCGCAGCGGUCAGGGGAAAGUUUACCCUCUGAUCAGCCGACGACGCUUCCAGCAGAUGGACGUCCUGGAGGGCCUCAAUGUCCUGGUCACUAUAUCAGGUAAGAAGAACAAGCUCCGUGUUUACUACCUGUCCUGGCUGAGGAACAAGAUCCUGCACAACGACCCCGAGGUGGAGAAGAAGCAGGGCUGGACCACCGUGGGCGACCUGGAGGGCUGCGUGCACUACAACGUCGUGAAAUAUGAGAGGAUCAAGUUCUUGGUUCUCGCUCUGAAGAACUCGGUGGAGGUCUACGCCUGGGCCCCCAAACCCUACCACAAGUUCAUGGCCUUCAAGUCUUUCGGUGACCUGGUGCACAAGCCCCUGCUGGUGGACCUGACCGUGGAGGAGGGUCAGAGGUUAAAGGUCAUCUACGGCUCAGCUUCAGGCUUCCACGCCGUGGACGUCGACUCUGGGGCCGUGUAUGACAUCUACCUGCCCACACACAUCCAGACCCACAUCCAGUCUCACGCCAUCAUCAUCCUGCCCAACACCGACGGCAUCGAGCUGCUGGUGUGCUACGAGGACGAAGGAGUCUAUGUCAACACGUACGGACGCAUCACCAAAGACGUGGUGCUGCAGUGGGGCGAGAUGCCGACCUCCGUGGCCUACAUCCGCUCCAACCAGAUCAUGGGUUGGGGGGAGAAGGCCAUCGAGAUCCGCUCGGUGGAGACGGGACAUCUGGACGGCGUCUUCAUGCACAAGAGAGCCCAGAGACUCAAGUUCCUCUGUGAGAGAAACGACAAGGUGUUCUUCGCCUCCGUUCGGUCCGGAGGCUCCAGCCAGGUCUACUUUAUGACUCUGGGCCGCAGCAACCUGCUCAGCUGGUAGAGGUCCACUUAUUUUCCUCUCCCUCCUCCCUCGCUAACACUGGAUCUCAGAACCCACGGUCGAUGUCUUUUCAGCCCUUCGGACAAACCAAACCAGAACAAAAACCCACGAGCAACCAGCCCUUUUUUCUCCAGUGUCAACAACAAAGACUUCACCUUUCCUCCGGAGCAGCAGCCGAGCUCCGGGGCCGCCUGCGACGCCUGAAGUGACGACAUAAAUGAUUAUCAGAUAUAUGAAUGAAAGUAGAAAUAUAUUAAUGUGAAUUUAAGAAAAAAAGGGGGUUAACUACUUUUGGUUUCCCUCUCCGUUUUAUGGUGCGAUGGGAUUUCUUCUUUUUUUUUACGCUACAUCCUUUCUCCUGGGCUGGUCAGUAAUCUGGAGGUCUUCUACCUACUAGUACCACUUGUAAUGCUACUACCUUCUGUCUUUAAGAAAUCCCCCCCCCUUCGCUCUUUCAUGUGAGUGUUUAAGAGGCCGGUAGGGUGGCAGUCUGUUGUAUUAAUACUACAGUAGUGUGUGUAAAUGUACUUCUGUUUGGUCCAAUUACUGCUGACAUGCUGGUUAGAGGUGGAGACGGUCAGCCUGGGGGAAACUUGUAAAAAAACCCGGAGCAAGUGGGACUGGAGAGUAAAUAUUUGAGGUAGUACUGUAAGUCUGAUGGAUGGGACUCGACAGGUGGGUGUGUGUGUGUGUGUCGUUCAAGUAUUGUGUUGUUUGGACAGGUGCUUUUAAAAAAGGAGGGUGAUAAAGAGAGAGAAAACGCCGAAGCAGAUGGAUUUCAGAAUAGUAUUUUUUCAAUUAUUACUAUUAUUAUUCCUUGAAGAUAAGUGUAUCUAUGUGGAGUAAAACAUGUCUUUUACCUUGUUUUGUUUUUUUAAGAUUUACGCACAUCCACCCCACAGUUAGCUUGCUUUUACUCUGAACCCUCAGAAGUGCAAGGUGUGUUUGUCUAAUAAGAAAAGUGAUGUGGUCCAAAAGAUUUAUUGAAAUAAAAAAGGUGUCUCUGUAUAAUAAAGUUAAUUGAAUCUUC